AAUACAGCCCCACUCGUAGGCAUCGGGCAAAUUCAAAACCGGCACCAAGCAAGAGACACCUCAAAUAAGAAAUACGGCAAAAUCGGGCCGCAAAAGUGAAUUCCAUGCCAAAGCGAAGCGGAAUACAAGUGAAGUGCUAUCGACACGCCAAAGCAAGGGCGAAAAGCUAAACACAGUCGCGACCGAAUCAAACCCGAGUCGCGCCGACCAACACCAAAAACCGUCAAAAUUACUUACUACUACUCAACUGGUUCGUGCGGCGCGUGCUACCAGAGCGAGGACAUCAUGCUUUUAUCCUACCGAUGCAUCUACUCGGUCCUGCUGACCACCAUAGCCAGCAUUAUGGUGGUGCUCAGUUCCGCCUCAUCCGGCUCCAUGCAGCUGCCCACCGUCCGCAAGUGCAGUGGCGGCGGCACUGGAGCAGCCCAUACCAUGGCCAUGAACUUGGCGGCCUACGGGCUGCUCGAGAACCGGAUUAGCACUCUGGAAGCACCGCGACAGACGCACUGGAGCAAGAAGUUCCUGGCCAAGCGGGAGGCCACUCCCCAUUCGGCUCCCUAUGUGGUCAGCAUCCAGAUGAUGACACCCGACCAGGGCCUGGUUCACUACUGUGCAGGGACUAUCAUUAACGAGCACUGGAUCCUGACGGCAGCCCACUGCCUCAGUUCGCCACAGACCGUGGAGAACUCGGUGAUUGUGGCGGGCAGCCACGACAUUCACGACCAAAGGGGAGAGGCAGCCAACAUUCAGAUGCGACACAUCGACUACUACGUACGCCACGAGCUCUACCUCGGCGGAGUGAAUCCCUACGACAUCGCCCUGAUCUACACCAAAGAGCCACUGGCCUUUGACACCUACGUCCAGCCAGCGACGCUGCCGGAGCAGGAUGCUCAGCCCGAUGGCUACGGAACCCUGUACGGUUGGGGCAACGUCUCGAUGACGGCUGUUCCCAAUUAUCCGCAUCGACUGCAGGAGGCUAACAUGCCCAUCCUAGACAUGGAGCUGUGCGAGCAAAUCCUCGCCCGCUCCGGACUUCAGCUGCACGAGACGAACCUGUGCACGGGUCCCUUGACCGGUGGCGUUAGUAUCUGCACCGCCGACUCCGGAGGACCACUGAUCCAGCAGUGCUGCGAGGAGCAAUUCGAGCAGGCCAACAUUGUCAUCGGCAUUGUGUCCUGGGGCAAGAUGCCCUGCGGCCAGAAGAAUGCGCCCUCGGUCUUUGUCCGAGUAUCGGCAUUUACGGACUGGAUCAACCAGGUCAUCAGCACAGCCACCCAGAUCAUGUAAGAUGAUCAGCGGAAGGAGAGAUGGAUGAACCCACGCAAAUGAGCUCGAAUGUAAAGAUAUCGAAAAAGUAAAACAAAAAAAAUACAAAAGAUGCAAAAAUCCCAAAGAAAAAUAUGUAGAUUCUCUAGAUAAUCUCACUAGGCGAUUAAGACGAACAAAUAUACCAUUGUAUACUGCCUCUGA